AUGGAAAUUGUUCGAUCUAUAAUGUCACAAUAUGGAUUCGUUGAAAGCGACCAAAAAGAAAAAGCAGAUAUUGUUCUUUUAAUGACAUGUUCAAUUAGAGAUGGAGCAGAGAAGAAAGUUUGGAAUCAAUUGAAAUUGAUACGAUCGAAUUCAGUGAACAAGAGGCAGAUCGUUGGAGUACUGGGUUGCAUGGCAGAAAGAGUUCGGCAUGACUUGUUGGAGAAGCGGAAUCUUGUGAAUAUUGUCGCAGGGCCUGACUCAUAUCGAGACCUUCCACGACUAGUCGCCGUUGCUUCCGGUGGUUCAAAUGCUAUCAACGUCCAACUGUCUCUUGAUGAAACAUAUGCAGAUGUUCAACCAAUUCGUGUCGAUGCUGAAUCAAGAACUGCUUUUAUCUCGAUUAUGCGUGGAUGUGACAAUAUGUGCACUUACUGUGUCGUUCCGUUUACCAGAGGAAGAGAAAGAAGUCGUCCGAUUGAUUCGAUUGUUGAAGAAGUACGAAGAUUACGAGACCAAGGAUACAAACAAAUUACUCUGCUGGGCCAGAAUGUCAAUAGUUAUCGAGAUAUGACAUCUAUGGAUUUCCCUAUGAAUCCGUCUACAACCGAAGAUAGAGUUCCUGGAUUCAAAACUGUCUAUAAACCGAAAAGCGGAGGUUUGACAUUCACGAGUCUUCUUGAAAAAGUAGCAGAUGCUGCUCCAGAUGUUCGGUUCCGUUUCACGUCUCCACAUCCGAAAGAUUUCCCGAUGCAGCUAAUCGAGUUUAUCGCGUCACGUACGAAUCUAUGCAAACAGCUACAUCUUCCAGCACAAAGUGGAGACGAUGAGACAUUGGAUCGAAUGGGAAGAGGAUAUUCAAGAGAUUUAUAUUUACGACUAGUCGAUGAUAUACGGAUAAUUCUGCCAAAUGUUUCACUCACUAGCGACUUCAUUGCCGGAUUCUGUGGAGAAACCGAAGAAGCUCAUCAAAAUACACUUUCCUUGAUUCGAGAAGUUGGAUAUUCGUUCUGCUUCGUAUUUCCUUACAGUAUGAGAGGAAAAACCCGAGCUCACCAUAGGCUUACCGAUGACGUUCCUGAAAAUGUUAAGGCACGAAGACAUUUGGAUUCGACUACAGUUUUCCGAGAAGAAGCAAUGAAAUUGAAUCAGAAACUUAUUGGAACAGAGCAGACAGUGUUACUGGAAGGAAAAUCGAAAAGAGAUGUUGCAUUUUCACAUGGACGAACUGAUGGUGGGGUGAAAGCGGUGUUCGAUAAUUCAAAGUCUCAAUUGAAUCCCGGACAAUAUGCCAAAGUUCUAAUCACUGAAGCCAACUCGCAGACCUUGAAAGCCGAAUUCAUCAGAGAAACGGACCUAUAA